AUGACUGGGGUGAAGAAGCCGAAGGAAGGUGGACUGCAGACUUCCAGCUCAGUGGUGAGGUUCUCCAGCACGAAGGCGUUGUCGUACGAGGGGCUGCUGUCGGAGGAGGAGCUGGCCGUGUUGAGAGCCAUCGUGGCUCGAGAAGCUGGGCUGGAAGAGUUGCUGCGCUGCUGCUGCGCGUUCGAGGACGACCAGAGUGUUGAGCUGCUUGAGGCGCUCAUUCGUGUUCGAGAGCUCUCGCUAGCGACUGUGGAUGCGGUCGCUGGGUGGCGACGACGCAUGAUCCAGAUCCGCCCGUUCCUGUGGCGAGACCUCAACUACGUGCUCAAGAUGACGUGCGACCUCGACUUCGUUAGCAAGAGCCAGCUCGCCACCUCUGCGAUGGACGGAGUGCGCUUGCCUCGGCGAAACCCGUUCUCGACGAUCGGGGGUCUGGACAACAGCAUGCGCGUGUUCUGGGCCAUCGAAAUGCCCCAAGAAGAGGAUUUGUCCGUGCUGCUGGACUCGGCGUCGUUCGCGCUCAGCCAGGUGACCGUCGACCUCCCGUCCAAGAUUCGUCUCGCAGAGUGCUUUUUGCUCUACGAGGAGCAGCGCUACGGCAAGUUUUCGAGGGCGCAAGCUGCCGCCGAUCACCGCUUGAAGGAGUUGGUGCAGAAGGAGGCAGAGUACGCGUCCAAGGCGCGCUUUGGCGCUGUGAAAGAGCCUGAAGACUAG